GUGGUGGCGGAGGGAAGGAAAACCCGGGACAGGGAUUGGAGAAAGGAUCAUCUGGGAAUGGGAGUCCAGUUUUCCGGACCGCCACCACUAGAGAUAUUCCCUAAGGAAGCGUGGGUUCAACGUGAGGAGGAGAAGGCGAGGUCUAGCAUUGUGGAAAGAAUGGGACUCGAAAAAGGAUGUCGUGAAGGAAUAUUGAAGGAAUUGGAGGGCUGGAAAUGGGCCUUCACAUUUGGUUGGUCUAGAAGGAGACACCCAAUCUCCUCCAGGAGUGGAGCUGAUUGAUGCUGGCUCGGCAGUCGAAGACAUCCAGCUACACCUCUCACCAGACGUCACAGCAGCACCGUCAACACUAAUGAGAACCUUCCACAUCCUAUCUCAGCCGAUGCCUCCAUAACCCAGAAAUCAUUCUACCUAGUCAGGGAGAAGAGCUCUACCCUGCCGAGGCCUUCCUCUCUGGGGGGGUAGUAGGUUCCAGACCGUCCCUACCCCCCAGUUUAGUAUGAGCCCUAUCCGCUGUAAGAGUAAAGGAGACAGUGGGGGAGGAGGGCGUGGCACCCCCAAGAGGCAGAUCCUGGUAAACACACCUUUGAAUGUAGACAACGAGGUAGGGUCAGUGACUGGGCAGGAAAAUGUUGCUUGGACCAAAGGCAUCUGCAUAGAGCACCCCUAGUGGCUGGGGGGGUGGUAUAUCACAAGGCUUUACUGCUCCUACAACUCCCCUAGUGGCUGGGGAUGGUACAACACCUAUGCGUAGGAGCUCAGACCAGGCAGAACAGAUAGCUCAGCUGGAGCUCAACCUGUCCAGCCUCAAAAUACUGAUCUCAGACCUGGAGUCCACACUAACAGAGACACCAGAGAGCCACCAGACACACACAACAGCCACACUGAUAAUAGUAGUAACCUUACCAUGGAGCCGCCACAUAAAUACAUGACUACCCAUACACCUGAGAGUCAGGCAGAGAGUAACCCUUACUGACAGUGAGAAAGGAAGAGGGGAUGGAGGUCAGAGGUCAGCUGGUAAGAUGACGGUGGUCCCCUGUAGAGUCCAGGGGUGUGACAGCGUACCUCCAUUGGUCAAGGAGGUGGAGAUCACUGUUACAACAGGUUACAAAAAACAAGAUGGUCGCCAGCAGCAGCCUCUUGCAGCGCGCCUCGUCACCUCCCUCACUCAGAAGAGGAGAGUUUCUGACGUGUUCCGGAAGGUUCCAUAUGAUGUCAUCAAGGUUCCGUCGGAAGUCAUCAAGGUUCGGAAUGACGUCGUCAAGAUUCCAGCAUCACACAAAACACCUUUCUCCGUCCUCUCAGACGCCAGUAACAACCAGCACCAGCCAAUGGAGUGGAAGAGUUAUCCGGAGGACCCCGCCCACUUCCAAUCCAUCAACCAAUCGUAUGACGUGGACACGCCCUCAUGGCUCUGGCUCCAGGGAGGGGUCAGGGUCAGAGGGGUCGUUGAAAGGUCAUGACCCCGCGGGGAAGCAGCUGACCCCUGAGAACGGAGGUGGUGGUCAGGGAGGGGCGUCAAGGGCCAAACGUAGACUGGUCAUGCACACGACAGAGGGGAACAGGGGAGGAGGACGAAGAGAGGUGAUGGACAGGCCUCCCUCCAGUACUCCUGAAGCUGCGGUGCAGUCACACAGUCAGGAGAGCCAGCAGCUGAAGCAGCUCCAGCUGACCCAUGCAGGCCAGGUCAGAGCCCUGAAGGAGGAGCAGAGGAGACAGCAGCAACAACUACUGCAGAUUCUGGCCGUACGUUACCAGCUACUCCAGAGUUUGUCCUUCCCUGUGUCCUCCUGCCCCACAUCCAGCGCAUGUCUAGGGGACAACACAACCUCCCUCCUCCCCCUCUCUUCCAUCCCCCUCUCCAUCCCUCUAUUCUCCCCCUCAGCAGGAUCCCUCCUUUCAGACCCAGACUCCCCCUCACGGUCUCCCAGGUGUCUGUCUGUGUGUUACGGUCCCCUGGUGGCAGCAGCAGUGAAGGGAUACCUAACCAGGAGGCUCCUACACACAGAGAGAGUGGGACAGCUGCUAUGUACCAUCAAGGACACGCAGCAGUUCCUACAGUCCUUCCAGCCCCAGAGCCCUGGGAGAGACAGCAGGCAAGACCUGGUGCUGCAGGAGAGAGUCACACUGCAGCUCCGCUCGGCGCGUUAUGAGGUCCAGGACAUCUUCUGUCUGUCAGCAGGAGACAGGAUGCAGAUCAUCAGCUGGGACAGACAGCUGGCCAGGGACAGAGAGAUGAGACGCAAGACUGGGGAAACGGGGUCGACCAGGGGGAAGACUUCUCUGUCAGCUGCUACACAGAAAGCCCUGGAGAGGAAGAGAGGAGUCAUGAUGAGGAAAGCGGCAGAGGGGCAGAGGGGGACUGGAGCUGGGGUUGUAGCUGGCCAGAAGGGCCCUCUGGCUGGGGCAGAGGGGACUGGAGCUGGGGUUGUAGCUGGCCAGAAGGGCCCUCUGGCUGGGGCAGAGGGGAACGUUGUGAAGCAGAUACGUGGGUCUUUUCGACCCAACCCUCAAAGGGUCCCCAAGACCACCCAGUCCCGCAGAUCUCGGUGAAGAAUGUCUACUUAUCAGGCUAGACUGGACCGGAACUGGGUCGUGUUCAUUUUGGCACAGUGUAGCAAAACGUUUUGCACAGGAGAACAAAAACGAGUGUUUCUUAUUGGACAAAUUCAGGGUCAUAUUCAUUAGUGAAAAUGUUUUGGAAAACGAAAACAAGCGUUUCUUAUUGGACAAGUUCAGGUAGUCCUUCCCUUGACCCAGGAAAUGAAUACUGUUGAUACCUAAAAAGAUAUACACACACAAUCCAUCUUACUUAACCCUAAAACAAUAGGCCCCUAUGGGCCCUGGUCAAAAGUAGUGCACUAUAAAGGGUUGCCAUUUGGGACGCUUCCAUAGUGUUUCUUGCUAACCAGUGGACAUCUGGAAAGUAUUGUAUUUUAACUUGAUUGUAUUCUACAAAGACACAACUCACUGCAUUCAAAUGCAUCUUAGCUACUACAUGCUGUAUGUGACAAUCUAUUCUUACCACAAGACCUCAGGACUUGUUUUUGGACACACUGUUUGUCAUAUGUUAGUUUUACACAUUUUAUACUAUUUAUAUUUCCUAUACCAAUUUGUGGUACGGUAUUGGGAUGGCAAUGCAACCAAAGCCCAGAAAACCCAAGUCUAUAUUUGAAGGUCUGUUCUGAGUGUUCAUCUUUCCUACUGUUUUUGUUCUAAAUUAUUUAGAAGUGUUUUUUAAUAAAGUUUUUUUAAAUAAAAAAUUUACUUGUCAGGUU